UAGGCAAAAUGCGUGGAACACUUGCGGUUGCUGUGGCGACGCGGUGAGUCGUGAAAAUAAAACAGGCAUGAGAUGACAUCUUUUAUCCUUGAGCAAUGUCCAGCGUCCCCUCUCUACUCAGCAUGCUUCACUCUCAGAGCGUCCAAAUCCUGUGUCUCACAGCGUCCAGCGGUGUCCCACUCUUCUCCCGCGGCUCCACUAAGCAGCUGCCCUUCUCCGUCAUUGGCUCCCUGAACGGCGUGCACAUGUUUGGGACAGGUCACGAUGCAACUCUGUCAUGCUCUGAGACUGAACGGGGUGGGCGUGUUAUCUGGAGAGUUUUCCACGACAGCCUGAUGCUCAUCGGCGUCAGCGGCAACUCUAACAUCAGCGAGCUGCACUUGCGCCGAUUGCUGGAGAACGUCUGGAACUGCAUGGUGCUCGUGCUGGGCCUGGACGAGCUGGCGAACGCGCGGAAUGUCGAGCGGCUCAAGAGAGAACUGCGGUCUUGCUAUCAGUUAAUUGACAUGCUGCUUGAGCGUGGCAUGGACGAUCGUGAUCGCGAUCUGGGCCUCAUGGGAGAUCUGACACACUGCACUGACUGUAUCCUGCUCCCUCAACCCGACCUCCUUCAGGAGACGCUGGAAUCCUUUACCAAGGCUGCCGAGAGCGAGUUCGGGUGUUUGCUCAUUUGUGGUAAACUUGCUGUAGCAACUGAGAAAUGGUGGCGUCUCGCUCCUCAAGAGCUGGUCCUUCUUUCUGCACUCGCAAAUUUGCCCCCUGGGAAGACCUCAUGUGACUAUCCUGUCUUUUUACCUCAAGGUAGCCCUAAUGUCGCGCUCAGGCUGCUGUGCUUCCAGCUGCUCCCUAGUGCCACGGCUUGUGUCCUGUGUGGCCCCAGACCAUCUCUGUAUCAGCUUGAGAGUGAGCAGGUUAGACGGUUUUGGUCUCCUAUAGUAGAGAACCUGCGAUCCUGCUUGGACCAAGCUGCACGCUCAGCUCUGUCUCCUUCCGUCAAACUGCGGCAGGACGUCCUAGGUCUUCUCCUGAUCAACCGCGAGUCACGUAGAUCGGUAUCGUCUCUCGGCUACGCCUGCUCAAAAGCCACGCCUCCUCUGUCAAUAACUCGUUGCUGGGAGCUUCUGCGUCACUUUUACAUGUUUGCGGUGACGCACUAUUUUACCUCUGAGGAACCCCCGUGCUCAGGGGGUCCAGCUCCAGAGCUGCUGCACGAAGAGUUUUGCGCAGGGUUCACACACUUUCCCGUGCACUGCUACCUCGUGAAUAAUGAAUGUAAAUGCUACGCUGUGCAGACGCCUCAGCACCAGCUCUUCCUCCUCAUCGAUCUCUCCGCGCCCACGUUCGCUUUGCGUUCCGUCGCCACACACACUCUGGAUGCCAUCAUCACGGCGACAGGCUUUUAAGGGGAUAACCCUGAAGUCUUGACAUUUGGCCAAAGGAAAUCCCAAAACUAAACAAAUAAUAAUGUGCAUGGCUGAUCAUAUGUAUUUCAAAUAGAAAAAUCAGGAAUAUCAUGUAAAUGCAAACUUUUUUUUUUUCAUAAAAUUGUCACCAACAAUAGUUGCAAAUGACUUUGUAUUCGUUACCACAUAGGGUAUAGCUGUUUUUCUUAAUUAUACCUACGAUAAAAAAAUAUAUAAAUAAAAAAUUAAAAAUAAUCAAUGCUUUAAUUUUAACUUUUAAUUUUACACAACCCCAAACCGACAUUAGGUAAAGAAUGUAUUUCCCGAAUCUACAUCAUAUAUUGUAGGAUGUCCUGAACUUUUAUUUUCUAUAGUCUAAAAUUGUACAUAUUGCUCAAACAGUGAAAUUCCAACCUCAAAAUCUGAGCUUUGUAGCCAAGAAUGUAAUCAGCAGUAUUUAGCGGUAUCGAUUACCAUCAAAGAUGAUUUGUAGAAUUUUACUGUUCUCAGCUUUAGUGUUGUUAUCGAUCGCGCCCAAUUGUCUGCCUCCUUAAACUCUGUCUUUCACACAUCAACAGUGUGCUGAGUCUAGAUAAUAUUAAAUGUUUCCUGUAUCAAGAAGUUCAGCUUUGAUGUGUGUUAGACACUUUAACAGGAAGCAGCUGUUCAUGUGGAAAUCUGUAAAAAAUGGGGAAGACAUGAUGAGUAAAAAAGCAAAUAUAAUGUACUGUGUCUCUUGUUGUACAGCCUGAAAUGAGCAGUAAGGAUGAGCACCAAGGAUGUUCCUUAAUUCACCGCGUUCCUGACCAGAAUAACGUUCUUUCUAACUGAAAAUAAAGGAAUGAACGUACACAUGAGGGGCGUUACGGUAAGAAACAAUCAUGGUUUAGUUAAAUAAUGAACCAAUAACCUCCAAUAACGAACUGGAAUCCAUAUUAACUUGAACACAUCUCUUGUUAUACUGAACUUCCAGUCUCACAUAGUCUGUUCCAGAUGAAUCCCUGCUAUCUGUUUUCACCCAAAUGAGGAUGCUGAGUCUGGUUCCUCUCAAGGUUUCUUCCUAUUGCCAUCUCAGGGAGUUUUUUCUUGCCGCUGUUGCCGUUGUCCUCGGCUUGCUCAUCAGGCACAAUCUUUUGAAUUUUUUAUUCUUUUGAUUGUGGAAAGCUGCUUUGCGACAAUGUCAGUUGUUAAAAGCGCCAUACAAAUAAAUUAAAUUAAAUUAGUUAUGGUUAGUUAAAGCUAGACUUAUUAUUCGGAUAAUGACGCAAACCGAUCAAACAUCUUGUAUGAAUUUAAAUAUGCAUGCUGUUACACCCCUAAUCCACCCGUAAUGAUGUUUACGUCAUUACAGGUGGUUUACAUAUGUGCAUUAUACAUUACUUAUACGAUACUUUAACAACAUUUUUUGUUCAAAUAACUCCCACUCACUUUUUCAAGGCCAUUUUGUGUAAUUACUAGAGACAGAUCUGUGUGAAAAUCCCACAGAAAUAUUUCUGAAAUACUUCUGAAGUAAUCUGGUACCUACAGCCACGUCAGGGUCAAAGACACUGACAUCAUGCCCCUUCCCCCCCCUUUUUUUUAUAUUUGUUAUGAAGCUCUGGGCUUGUAUGUGAUUGGUUUAUCUAUUUAUGUUUGGCUGUCAAUGGAGACUCUUUCCAAAAACAACAACAAAAAAAAGUGAACAAUUUCGGACAGAAAUGAAACUUCACUUAUCAGUGAUUUCACACUUCUAUUUUUUUUCUCGUGUGGACAUUGUGCAAAUUGUCAGAACUGCUUUUGUAGAAAAUAAAAAAACCUUAAAAA